AUGAGGAAGGAGAUGAUUACGAGCCUGUGCGAGUGUCGCUCCAAGGACUUGGACCCCGAGCUCCGGUGCAUCCUCUGCGGCGAGAACAAGUGCAGCGGCUGCUCCGCGCUUCUGCAGAAGAGCUACGUCCUCGACAAAUCAGAGCAGAGGCAAGCGCGAGGGACCAUGAACGGCAAGGGAGAGGAGAACCCUGGGAUCGAGGAGGGGCAUCAUCAGAUAGUGAACGAGAUCUCCUACAAGAAAGACUCGUGCUACUACUCUCAGGAUUCGGAGAUGGCCGGAUGGGACAAAGUAGAGCAAACCAAGGCCUCCAAACCCGCAAAGAACAGGAGGGACCCUCUUCUUCAGGUUUGGUUCCGGGAGCCUGUGACGCACAGAAGUGCAGACUCGACGCUCCUGGUCCCCAAGGAGUUUACUCUCUACGAGUUCAUGAUACAGUGGGGAGAUCGUCGGUGGAUUGUAAAGAGGAGGUUCAGGGAGUUUGUUGCACUAGAUGCUGCUCUCGAUGCAAGUUUGCCUGAAGAAGUUCAACUCCCACCCUUCCCCGGAAAGAAGGCCUUGGGUCGCAUGAGCCCGUCAUUGAUCCGCACGAGGAGGAUGGAGCUAGAAGCUUACUUACGAGAGGUCUUGUUGAAUCGGCACAUCAGCGUGAAUGUACAUGUUCGCAAUUUCUGUCGACUGCCUGAAGGCUGCAACGAAGCAGUCAAGUGGGAGGCUCCAUGGGAAGAAUGGAAGGCCACGGAUUAA